GGAGAGUGCAGGCACAACUUCCGGAAGGAGGCGGAAGAGUCUUUCGGCUCUACGCUCCGGAGUCCCGGGUCCAGUAAGGGGCCACCCGGGGCACAGGAAAGGGCCGCUAGGGGAGGGCCGGCCGCACUCGGAGUGUCUGGGCCGCGGGUCUGAGGGAUGAGGAGGGGCCAUGGCCAGCGACGGGGCGAGGAAGCAGUUCUGGAAGCGCAGCAACACCAAGCUCCCGGGCAGCAUCCAGCACGUGUAUGGCGCCCAGCACCCCCCCUUUGAUCCACUGUUACAUGGCACUUUGCUCAAGUCUACGGCCAAGAUGCCGACCACACCCCUGAAGGCCAAGAGGGUCAGCACCUUCCAGGAGUUCGAGAGCAGCACCAGCGAUGCCUGGGACGCGGGGGAGGAUGACGACGAGCUCCUGGCCAUGGCGGCGGAGAGCCUGAACACCGAGGUGGUCAUGGAGACGGCCCACCGCGUGCUGCGCAACCACAGCCAGCGGCAGGGGCGGCCCGCGCUGCGGGAGGCACCGGGGCUGCAGCAGAAGCCCAGGCCUGAGGUGGAGUCACCCUCGCCCCCCAGCGGUGACCUCCGGCUGGUGAAGUCUGUCAGUGAGAGCCACACGUCCUGUCCUGCAGAAAGUGCCUGCGCUGCCACCCCUCUGCAGCGGUCCCAGUCUCUGCCACACUCGGCCACCAUCAUGCUGGGUGGGACAUCUGACCCCAGCACCCUCAGCAGCUCAGCGCUGAGCGAAAGAGAGGCCUCCCGGCUCGACAAGUUCAAGCAGCUGCUUGCCGGACCCAACACGGACCUUGAGGAAUUACGGAGGUUGAGCUGGUCCGGAAUCCCUAAGCCAGUGCGUCCGAUGACGUGGAAGCUCCUCUCGAUCCACAUAGACAUCCCUCGCAUGAGCCCUGAAGUGUUGCUCCUGCAGCCCAAGGUGACGGAGAUUUUUGAAAGGAUCUUGUUUAUAUGGGCCAUCCGCCACCCCGCCAGCGGGUACGUUCAGGGGAUCAAUGACCUCGUCACGCCUUUCUUCGUGGUCUUCAUUUGCGAGUACUUAGAGGCAGAGGAGGUGGACGCAGUGGAUGUCUCCGGCGUGCCCGCAGAGGUGCUGCGUAACAUUGAAGCCGACACCUACUGGUGCAUGAGCAAGCUACUGGACGGCAUUCAGGACAACUACACCUUUGCCCAACCCGGGAUUCAAAUGAAAGUGAAAAUGUUAGAAGAACUCGUGAGCCGGAUUGAUGAGCAAGUGCACCGGCACCUGGACCAGCACGAGGUGAGGUACCUGCAGUUUGCCUUCCGCUGGAUGAACAACCUGCUCAUGAGGGAGGUGCCCCUGCGCUGCACCAUCCGCCUGUGGGACACCUACCAGUCUGAACCCGAGGGCUUCUCUCAUUUCCACUUGUACGUGUGUGCCGCAUUUCUCGUGAGAUGGAGGAAGGAAAUACUGGAAGAAAGAGAUUUCCAAGCGAUAGGACACAGGGUUCCACUUGGACUCAUUCCAGUGACUCUGAAGAAAAUGAAUUUAGGACAGGAUGCGGCGAGGGACUUGGCAUCUGGGCCACCUUGGCCUCAACCUGCUUGGUGUUCCAGGUGGGUCACCCCUCCUGGCAUGCUCGUGUCAGCUCGCCUGUGAGCUGACUCACUGCUCACCCAACUCACCACUCACCUUCUCGCUCCUUCUCUUCCGUAAGACUGAAGAUGAACCUUACAUCCUGGAUAACUGAACAGAGGCUGUCUGUGGCUUGGCGCUUGAGGACAAGUGGGGACAAGGUGGGGGGGCAUGGCCCGAAGGAAUCCCCAGAUGGCCUGGCUCUCCUUUGAUGGCUGCUGAUUGCCUAGACAGGCUGGGCUGCCUUCCCAGUGUCUGGGUGGAAGGAAGGGGGCUCACCAAGGCCUGGGGCUGGGUUGGUACUGCCAGGUUGCCCCUGCCGAUUCCGUGUCCCUCUGCACCUCUGUCAGGAAGGCCUUUCCUUCUCCUUCCCUGACAUCUAGGGGUCUUGCAAAGAAGGAAGGAGCCCUCCAUUAAGGUAGAAGCUGAGGGUGUGCUGAGCCCUGACCUGCAUAGCUCCCUACUGUGGGUGUGCAGACAUGUAUAUGUAAGCAUGUGUGCAUGUGUGUGUGACAUGUGUGCAUGUGUGUAAGGUGUGAUGCAUGUGCACAUGCAUAUGUGAUGUGUGUGCACGUGGGUAUAUGUGCAUGUGUAUUUGCAUGUACAUGUGUAUGCAUGCAUGGGCAUGUGUGCAUUGCAUGCAUGUAUGCACAUGUGUAUUAUGUGUAUGCAUGUGUGUGCAUGCAUGUAUGUGUGUGUAUGGUAUAUGUGCAUGUGUAUAUGGAUGUGCAUUGAUACGUGUGCAUGCAUGCACGUGUGCAUUGUGUGUAUGCAUGUGUGCAUUGUGUGUGCAUGUGUGUGGAUGCCCUCUCUGGGAAACCAGAGAGUGCAAGCCUGGGAGGCAGGACAGAUCCUGAGGAUUAGCAGCCCAAGACACUCCAGGCCUGUCCCUGUGCACAGCUGCUUGGUGGAGGAGGGCUGCAGCUUCUUGAGGCAAACCCCCCUCCAGUUUCUGGGGCAGCCAGACAUAGGGGACUCAGGCAGGAGCAGCCACAGAGGCUGUGGCAGGAGCAGCUUGUCUGGGCAUCAGAGUGAUGUCCCACCAAGGCUGGAAGUGAACCAGGUGCUGCGCCCAGCCCCAGCUACCCCUCAGUCCCUACGCACCCUUUGGGGUGCUCUUGGUGCCCUUCAUCAUGCAGACAUGGUGGGACAUGGUGGGACAUGGUGCCCAGGGUGAGGAGCUAUCCUUGCUAGUCUGGAACAGACCCGCAUAUGCUGGCUGUGAGCAGGGUCGCCUCCCACGCAGGCAGUAUCUGGCAAAGCUUUGGGUGUCGGAGCCUCUUGGUGGGUCUGCUCCUCCCUGCAUCCAGGACCCCGCUCCUGCCUGGGCUGCCCCUAACCUGUGGGUGCCAGGACACAGGGCCCUUCUCUGCUGCUCACUGCUAAUGGCUGAGUUAUUUCUCCAGCGUGGCUUCGGUGACAGAGUUUUUGCUGACAUGCAGGAUUUCUGGCAGGGCUGGGCGAUGCUCCUGGUGAUCCUACCUGAGGUCAUUAAUUUCAACAACCCUAGCUGGCUUCAUCAGAGAGGGAUUUUUGCAAUAACAUUAACAAACCAUAAAUAUCUGCCAGCCCCAGAGGAGGCGGUGGCUGCAUCCCACCUUCCCAGUGGGAGGGGCUGGCUGGGCUGAGCAGCAUAUUUCUUGGCUGUUGGUGCAGUGGGGGGAGGCGCUGUCUUUCCACGGACGGAGGUCCGAGAGCUGCUGAAAUGACAGGAAUCCAGGCAGCCGCUGCUGAGUGGGGGCCUCACAGCCCUGCUCUUCCGGCUCUUCUGGGAUGGUCAGUCAGGCUUUAGCCUCGCAGCUCUGCAUUCCUAGAGCCCCAGGGCUUGGCUCCACUUUGGCAAAUUUCUGCUGAUGGAUGGGAGGUGAGAGCCUCCCUCCAUGGACUGAGACCCAUUGUGGGGCCCUGAGGUCUGCGGGACACUAAGCCCGGGCCUGAGUUUCCAGGCUGGCCUCCUUCCUGGGGUAAGACAGGCCCCAGCCUUACCUGGUGGGUGGGGCUCAUACCUGAUGCCUCCCAGUUCCUGGGGCGCCCUUCCCGGUGUGUGAGGCCGGGAGGCUGUGCCAGUGAGGAGGCUGGGGCUGGGAGGGCAGCACAGCAUCGAGUGCUCUCACGGAUGGCACCGUCUGUCUUCCUCUGGAUCUGGGAGUACAGUGGGGGUAGGGGAGGGCCAGUGGGAUGUCCCGUUCUCACACCUCAGGGGCCGGCAGGAAGCGCUAAGUGGAAAGUUAAAUGGUCCACCUGGUGGGGGCUGCGUGCUGAGGCUGCUGGGGACACGAACACAUGUUCUCUAAAUGCCCAGUAAUUGGAGUGUGGUGAAAUUGUAAAUUACGAUAACAGAUGAAGAUGACAAUAAAAGAAUGAUUUCUGCUCUUUC